AUGUCUGAUAUUACACAAUCAAAAGUAGCUCGUGUUGGUAGAGAAAACCAAGUGUACUCUGAAAAGAGUGGUGCCAGAAUUGUUGCUGGCUGUGUAUGUUUGACCACUGAUCACAGCAAAGUGUUAAUGAUCAACUCGUCUGCCGAUAGGAAUAAAUGGAUUAUACCUAAAGGUGGUGUAGAGAACGAUGAAGUCAUUGUACAAUCUGAUGGAUCAAUAGACUACAGUAAGACAGCAAUUAGAGAAACAUGGGAAGAAAGUGGUUGUGUGGGUGAGAUUGUUGCAAAAUUAGGGUUUGUAGAGGACAUGCGUCCACCAAAAGAAUGGAACAAUAAUUUUAAGAAUGAAAUACAUACCGAUAAUGUGAUCGUUCAUCCUCCUAGAUCUGAGUUUCAUAUUUAUGAGAUGCAAAUAGUCACAUUAAAGGAUGAAUUCCCUGAAGACCAUAAGAGGAAUAGAAAAUUAGCCACUUUUGAAGAGGCUCAACAAGAUCUUAUUAAUUCACAGAGACCAGAAUUGCUCGAGGCUCUCAAAAGGUCAAGUAUAUUGAAAUAA